UCAUGUAUUGUUCUACAUAACAGUAUUGAUUACUUUACAAAUGAAUAGUAGUUAUCUUAUUUUACACGGAUAAUUUUUCUUUAAUUAGAUUAAUAUAUGUACAAAUUGUAAAUCUACUAUUCCAUUUAAUUCUAACACAUGUGUUGUAUGUGAAACACCAAUAUUCAAAGAACCACAACAGCGACCAACUUCUCAAAAUCAGACAAGAAUUCUAUGUCCUCAUUGUAAAUCAACAAAUCCAAUACAUUUACGAACAUGUUAUAUUUGUGAAAAUGUAUUAAUGCCAACAUCGACAUCACCAGAAAAACGAACUUCAAUUUCAAUUCCAACAAUAUCAAAACAAACUAAUACAAUGAUGAUAACAUGUUCAAAAUGUUUUCGUUUAAAUAAUCCUAAUGCUCGUUUUUGUGAUUGGUGUGGUGCAUAUCCUGAUCAUGCAUCUACAUCAAUACAAUGUACAAAAUGUCAUACUAAUAAUGAUUCAUUUGCAAAAUUUUGUUCAACAUGUGGAUGUGUUCUUGAACCACCAUUACGUAUUAUUGAUACACGUCUUUAA